AUGUUGUUUUCCCUUCUGCUGCUCGCCGGCUCCGCGCUGGCAGGCAAAGUCCGCCCGUUCCCGGACCCAGAAGACGACAUUUCCAGGCUGCCCGUCUACACGCCCAACGACGCCGUCCCGCUGCUAUGCAAUGCCCGGCAAAUCGACAAUGGAGAGCACAAGUUCGACUCGCACGGAAACGUCGUCUACGCGGACUUUCUCAAGUGCCAGGAGAUCGCCAAGCCGCUGGCGCUGAAGUACGGCCACGACGAGGAGAUCGAGUGCACCGUCAAGUUCGAGGACGAGCGUGCCGAUCGUGUUCCAGUUCCGCGGCGUGGUCGAGGAGUCGCACUUCGAUCUGGACCCAAACGUCAACGUGCUCUUCAUGACAAGAGACAACCAAAUAGUCUCAGGAACGGCCUGGUCCAGCUCGCUCAACACAACAAAGGUCAUCAUCGGCGACUCUGUGCCGCUCAAAUUCGACGUCAAAUGGCUCGCCAAUGGAAACGAGGACACAGACGACUCCGGAAUGACCUUUCUCCGGUUCCCAAAACACCACAGCCCGCUUAUCAUCGCCACGUACUGCGCCGGCUCGCUUGUCGUCGGGGCCGUCGUGGCCCUCGGCCUCGGAUACAAACGGAUCUCCAAGAAAAUCCAGCUCAGCGACCUAAAUAA